AGACAAAAGACAAAAAGACAAAAAAAAAAAAAAAGAGAAUUUGUGUUGUGUACCCAUAAGGAACUAUAUAAAAUUAAUAAGAGAAAUCAAACAGGCCAAUAGAAAAAUGGAGAAAAGCUUGGAAUGGACACUUCAUCAGAAACUAGAUACAAAAUGCUUUUAAACACAUGAAAAAAUAUUUGACAUCAUUAGUCAGGAAAAUGAAAACUGAUACCAAAAUCUGAUAGACUACCAACCUACAGGAAUUGCUAUCAUUAAAUAAAACUGAUAAUAUCAAAUAUUGGUAAAGAUAUGAAUCAACAGAAACUCUCACAUGCUGCUGGUGUGGAUGUGAAUUGGUACAGACUUUUUAAAGACCUAUUUGGUAGAAUCUCAAAGUUGACCCAGCAUUUUUACUCACAGACUAUAACCAACAGACAUGCAUGUAUGUGUGCCUGAGAGACCCAAGAACUUCAGAGUAGCAUCAUUGUUUAUAACCAAAACCUGAACACAGUGGAAGUGUCAAGAAAACACAAAUUGAUCAUUUUGAUGUGUUCUUACAGUUGCAAAAAUUAAAAAGAAUAAAGCAAUUCCAACACUCAACAUUGAUAAAUCUCAUAAUGCUAAUGUGAAAUGAGUCAGAAACAAAAGCACACAGGCCGUAUUAUUCAAUGUGUAUGUUUAUAUUCCAUUAUAUUGUAGAUGAAAAUUACGAGCAAAACUAAUCUAGGAUGUAGGAGGGCAGGAGAGUAGUUAGUUUUGGUGUAGGAGAGGAGCUAGUUAACGGGAUGGGGUGGGUAUGGGAGAAUAUCUGGUAAGGCUGAAUGUCAGCAUUGGCAAAAUAUGGCCUGUGGGCCAAAUCUGACUGCCCUCUCUUUGUAAAUGAAGUUUAGUUUGGACCAUCCCAAAUCAGAAUAGUGUAUGACUGUAUCAUGCUACAUCAAAAUUAAGUAGUAAGACAGACAACUGUAUGGCCAGAAAAAGCCUAAAAUAUUUGCUAUCUAGUCUUUAUAGAAAAGAAAAGAAAAGAAAACUCGCUGGCCUCUAUCUAUAUCACUGACUGGGUGGCAGUUACAUGUCAUAAAUCGCAUGGUAGGUGGUUGGCUGGAGACAGUGGGCUGGUCUGUGCCACAUGGGCCUGCCCAGCAUGGCGGCUUGUUUCAUUAAAGCCACAUCUUAUGUAACAUAAGUACAGAAGGAGUGUCCUGUCAUCUUUGCCACAGUCUACAGUUAAAAGCCAGCAGAGGUCCUACUCGCACUCAAGAUCAAAGGACUACGCGAGGGCUCCAGAAAGCAGAGGUAAUCAGGGGCUAUUUUACUAGUUUAUAAUCUGUCGGUAACAGAAGGAUGUGGCUGGAAACCCUCUUGCUCGAAGUUCAUGUUGGUUGUUGAAGUAUCAGCCCAGACACUUGGGGGAGAGGGGAAGGUUUCCAGGGAGAAUUAUAGUGCUUGAACUGAACCCUCACACACAUUCUGCCAUUUCUCAUACAAGGACACAUAGGAAGAGUAGACAAAUACUCAUUAAAGAAAAAUAGCUAAAUGAGGAACACAUUACUGGAUUUAUUGCUAUCUAGACAAACACACGACUCCCUCUGCCAACGUGGAACUUCUCUAUAAAGGAGACACAUAAUGUUUGGGUGUGGAUUUUCACCUUUCUACUAGUCUAGAAUUGCUCGGUGUGUACAGUAGUCUGCAUCCAUCACUUAGCUGGCCACAAUGACAGAGACGGCCAAAUCCCCGCCGAGAGUCUAGAUCCUUAAACUUUUUUUUCAAUGUUUCUCUUUUUGAAAAUUUAUUUAUUUAUCUGUAUUAUUAAAGUACUGUUGAUUUGUGAUGAUUCAUCAAGUUCCAUUGUACAACAAAGUGACCCAAUCACACACAUUUCCCUGUGCUGUACAGUAGGGCCCCAUUGUCCAUCCAUUCCAAAUAUAAUAGUUUGUAUCCCCCAAAUCCCCAACAUAGAUCCUUAAACUUUUUUAGCACAGAAAACAGCAAGUAAGAGAGCAAGAAAAUGAACACACAGUAACUCAGCAUUUACCCCUAGUGACCUCAGCCACUAGCGAAAUCGGGCCCAAUGAAUAAUAAUAGAUCAGGAGCUGACCCAUUUCCUGGAGAAAGGCAAGAGAGCAGCUAGAGAGAGAUGGGCUUGGAAGUGGACGGUAUCAUCCUCACUCUGCAUCAACGUGGUGGUGAAAAAAUAGGACUUGGAGGCUAGAGUGCAUGGUGUCUCCUCUCUUCGUUGCCUCCGUAAUUAUUCCAGUGAACACCGGCUUGCUUUCCUGUCUUCCUAGCAUACUGAUAAUCUAGUGACAGAGGCAUGCACCUCUCUGUUCUCCAGGGUCUAGACAAUGUCUGAACCUUCCAUUUAAAUGGUUUCUUUUGCUCGGUAUUAUUGUCCCUGUGGACCACUGGUCCCUUGAGCUAGUAGCUAAAACCCUUCUGAGAUGACACAGCACUGCCCUGUAUUAAUAAACAGAGAGAGGGGCAUUUUGGUUUUUGGUUUUUCUCCAUUUGCAGCCUCAGUGAGAUUCACAUUUUACUGAUGGCCCCACAGUUCCAUUCCACUUUACUAUAAAGUCAGUGGCUCCAGAGUUAUAACUCACUCUGUCUGCUGGUGGAGACAGAGAAGGCUCCUUUUUCCACGUGAAGCUGGUAAGAAGCUAGAGAAAGCUGUUCGUUGUGCUGAUUUGGGGCUUUGUUAUCUAUUCAUAAACAUUCACAUGAGCUUACAUAAAAGUCAGGUAACAAGGUUUUACCCUGUUCUCAAGGAUCCAUUGAACACACACAUAUCUGAGCCCUUCUAGUUUAUAGUUAAACAUUACAGAGGUUUUUAUCCGGUUGAAAUGAAAUCCUGAGAGCUGAAAAUGAAAAGAGAACUAUAGGAAAGCAGCCUCAAGGGGAUGAUAAAGUGUGUAGUCACUACAGAGAAUUUACUCUCUGGGAGUAAACUUCAGUGUAUUAAAUGCUUGAUUGAAAAAUAUUAAAGUUAUAAUAACUAAUAUUGCUAUUAUUUUAAGCCUAUCUAGAAUUGAUUUUAACAAUGUAAAUGUAUUACUUUCAGAGUGUUAUUUUUAAAAUUUUAUUUGAGCAAGACUUUAUAACAUUUAUCACAUUUCUCUGUGUAUUGAGUCAGCUACCUCUUCUAGUACCUGCAAUGUCUGCUGAGAACUUUUGUCUUAUCCUCAGACCAGCAUCCAUCAUUUCAUACACUUGAACAGCAAUAAAUUUCCCCCAAUAUUUCAUAAAGAAGAAAUUACGCACUGGUUUAAAAGGAAGCAAAUUCUAACAUGUGCUGUGACACGGAUGACUCUUAAGGACAUUAAGUGAAAUAAGCCAGUCACAAACGGAUAAAUAUUGUAUGAUUCCACUUGAAUGCGAUGCUUAAAGUAGUCAGGAUCACAGAGACAGAAAGCAAAGUGGUGGUUGCCAGGGGCUGGAAAAGGGGAGUUAUUGUUUACUGGGUGUAGAGUUGCAGUUUUAUAAGAUGAAAAGAGUUAUGGAGAUGGAUGGUCGUGAUGGUAGCCCAACAUUAUGAGUGUGUUUAAACCCACUGAACUGUACCCUGAAGAACGGUUACGACAGUGAAUUCUAUGUUAGAUGUACUUGACCACCACUUUAAAGGCUGUAAAAAGCAAAACCAAAAAACAAGUAGCCCUGGGUGAGAGAUAAUUCCCUCACAGAACUUUCCACCAGCAUAGGCACAUGCAUCUUUGCAUUUUUUGCAUGUUUAAAAAGUACAUUUUUUGAUUUACAGUGUUGUGCCAAUUUCUGCUCUACAGCGGAGUGACCCAGUCACACAUAUGUGUACAUUCCCUUUCUUGUAUUAUCUUCCAUCCUGGUCGGUCCCAAGAGAUUGGAUACAGUUCCCUGUGCUCUACAGUAGGAGCUCAUUGCUGAUCAAUUCUAAACUCAGUAAUUGCUCUUCAUCUUUAUCUUCGGCUUUUUGAGGGACAAGUACUAUCAGGCCCCAGAGUUAAUCACCGACUAUUUUCUUAUGGCAUUUUCUAUACCAAUUAACCCCUGUUGUUCUACAUUUUAAUUUCUCACUAUGUAACGUAUUUUUCACCUCGGUUUAUAAAUACGUAUGCUUCUCCAAGUAUUUCCAAUCUUGCCAGAAUCCUCCAUCCACAUCACGGUCACCUUUGGGCAUAGCUGAUUUUUCUCCCUGCCUUCCCUGACAAGUAAAAAUAAUAUACACUGGGCCUCCAAUGUGUAUUUUUCUAUUCGUUCCUUAAGCCAUUGUAACAGGUUCUCAGUUUUCAUCACUGGACUUCAACCAUGGUUUUUGUUUGUUUGUUAGUUUGUUUUUAGGUCGCUAAUAUGAAAUUAAUUUGAAAUUUUCAAUCCGUGGAACACCUGACCAUUCAAGCAAUUUCACACUGUCAUUCAUGUAACACCCAGUCAUGGCACCAGGCUCUCUUGGUGUUAGUGAUUCCUGGAAAGCUUUCUAGUCUCACCUUGCUUUAGUGUAUAUAGUUCUUUCCAAUAACUUCUACAGAAUUCCACCCUUACUGGUUUUUCUCUCAUAAAACCCAACUCUCUGAAGGUUGUCACCCACACUGUUGGAUUAAAAUGACACUUUUACAAUGAUAACUUCCAGAUAUGUUAUCAACAAAAACCUAGAGCUCUUUGCCUAGAUUCACACCCACGGGGACACUGCAGGAUCAUCAAUAUCUUUAGGUGACUUUCUCUUGGUCAUUUUUCACACAGCGUAUUCAAAAUUAAUUACAUGGACUUUUUUCUUAACAAUUCUGUAUGCAUUUAAUCUUAUAAUCUAAGGGAGCUUAAAAUUCUGUCAAUAUAGGAAAUAACUAUCAAAAUGUAUAUAAAGUCACAUGGACAUAUUUCCUUGGAUUUAAGAGUGAAGAUGUUAUUAUAUACAGACAGUAGAGUUUGAUUUACUUGAGUUACGGUGAUAGAGUACUUAUCCAUGACCUUAGACAAUUCUCCUAACAGAAAGAAGCUUUACCUAGAAAUUUCUGUGCAAGAACGUAACUUAUUAUUUCUAUAGGAAGUGAGUAUUACGAGGAGAAAUGCUACAGAUUCAGGACAACAGGGAGAUCUUAGGUAAUUCGACAUCUGAAGCUCCAAUGUUCUUGUUGACUGGCAUCCCUGGCCUAGAGUCCGUCCAUCCCUGGAUCUCCGUUCCCUUCUGCUGUCUCUACACCGCCGCCCUCUCUGGGAACGGCAUGAUCCUGUUUGUCGUCAUUACCCAGCAGAGUCUCCACGAGCCCAUGUACUGUUUCCUCUCCAUGCUCUCAGCCGCUGACCUGGGCUUGACCGUUUCAACAAUGUCAACAACAUUGGGUGUCUUCUGGUUCGAUGCAACUGAAAUAAGCCUGGACGCCUGCAUCCUCCAGAUGUUUUUUCUUCAUGGGUUUACCGUCGCAGAAUCGGGGGUGCUGGUGGCUAUGGCCUUUGACCGCUGCGUGGCCAUCUGUGACCCUCUGAGGUACACCGCCAUUCUCACCCAUGACAGAAUCAUCCAGGUGGGCUUCUUAAUGACUCUACGCUCUGCGGUAGUAAUAGUACCACUGCUUUUGCUCCUUAAGCCCCUCAGCUUUUGUGGAGGAAAUGUCCUUUCCCACUCCUACUGCUAUCAUCCAGAUGUGAUUAAAUUAGCAUGUUCAGAUACUCGGGCCAACAGCGCCUGUGGAUUAGCGGCUCUCCUCCUGACCUCAGGAGUAGAUACGCCGUGCAUUGUCCUGUCGUAUAUCUUGAUCCUUCGCUCUGUCCUCCGUAUCGCCUCUCCUCAAGAACGACACAAGGUCUUUAGCACGUGUGUCUCCCACAUCGGAGCAGUUGCUGUUUUCUACAUCCCCAUGAUAAGCUUGUCCUUGGGGCAUCGCUUUGGCCAAGCCACACCUAAAGUGGUCCAUUCUCUGAUGGCCGAUGUAUACCUGCUUUUGCCCCCUGUGCUCAACCCCAUCAUCUAUAGUGUAAAAACACAGCAGAUUCGAAAGGCUGUACUCAGUCUUCUCCUUACAAAAUAGACAGAUGAUUAACUUUGAGAAAGUCAUUAUACAAGUGUCUUUCACUGUAUAAAAGCAAUCCUGGUAGGUAACUGCAUAUCAGAUAUUUUUUUUCUCAUCUUUUCAUUUAUUCAACAAAGAUGUAGUAAGCAUUUUUGUGUUUUCAGUCAUAAAAUAUAUAUACAACAUAGCAAUGUAACUGAAGGAUUUUACAGUCCAAUAAUGGAAACAGGAAAAUAAUAAUAAUGAAAUAAUGCAAAUAAUACCCAUAGUAACUAAUAUCUGUUAACUGUUCAUUUUAUAGUAGGUGUUUCUACUAACUGCUAUAAAUAUAUACUAUUUUUUCGUAAAAACAGCCCACUAAAAAUAUUUAUUGUAUUUUAGAGAUGGAGAAAAUGAGGCUUAGAGACAUUUAGACCAUCAAAGGCAAGACAUCUAAUAAUAGAGCAGGGUUGAAAUCCGAAUCAGGCUUUCUGUAUCUUAGAUCCUGCCUUCUUCACGAGUGUACUGCAUACUCUGCCAAAAGCAACUAUCACGGGAUCAAAAGUAAGGACUGGGUCUUCCUGUCCAUGUAGCAUGCCUUUAAAAAGUUGCAGUGGCCUCUUCUAGCAUAAUUUGGCUUUUAUUCUUCAUUCGUAAUUAAUAAUACAAACAGUAGAAAUAGGCGUGUCAUUGCAUGUAAGCCAUAAAUCAUUAUCUGCUACUGGACAGUCAGUAGACAAAGCUUCAAGGAUUGGGGCAUUGGCUGGUUCCCUGCUGCCAUUUGGAGAACUGGAAACGAUCAUGAAGCAGAAUGUAAGGAGUUUGGAGUAGAAAUUAUUAACCUUCGUCUGUGCGGAAGUUCCAAAAUCCACCAACCUUUCUUCAGAGAAAAAUCACAUACAAAAGCACUAAUUAUUGUCCAUAAAAUGUCGGAGGUUUCACAAAAUGUCUGGAAGGGCGCACAUGGCUCUCUCAGUGAAAGAACCAAGGUAAAGAAUUCAUGAUUUUCAGCCUAUAUACAGUCAUACAUGGCUAAACCUAGAGCAUGCGGUUCCUGAAAAGAAGACUCUUGGUAACUAUAUAAAUUUAAGAGGCAAGAAGGACCUUACAACUCAGUUGCAUAAGAUGGUAGGAAAAUUCAGAGGAAAAUGGAGAUGGAAACCCAAUGGAAGUCACACCAGUUUCACUGCAGCUGGAAAAGUGGUCGUAGGUACGGGGAACGGGUCGCGGGUGCUACAGACCAUAGGUCUGUGGGCAGUGCUGCCGCCAGCUCACGCCAGCUUGCAAGAAGCCAGAGCGGGCGUCUCUUCUCAACCUGUCAACAACGUCAAAGCGGCAGCCUGAAAUCAGCAUUCAUACCAGGAGAACUGGUAAACAUGACCAACGAGGAGCUUUGUCUCUCUUUUUUUUUAAAGAGCUUUAGUUUAUCAGCACCUCUGAUACAGCUUUUGCGACUGGGGGUGUAUCUGUUUGGCCUUGUAAGAAGCAAUAGAAAUUAUAAAAUCAGUAAAAUGUAAUUGCCUGCACUCAAGAAGCUGAAAUCUAAGCUGCGACGUGGUGAUGUAGACCAAAACUAAUGGAUGAAGUGUUGGGGUAAUUGACAAUACAAAAUGAUACCCCUUCUUUAUGGUGCUGUUGGGGGUGAAGAUGUUUCCAAGGGCACAUGGAGGAGAAGCGUAUCUGGGAAGCGACUCCGGGAAAGAUGUAAGAAGGGUUGUGUUACUAUUGUACUCCUCAUGGAGGGAUGGUCUUCUGAAUUUUAAAUUCAUAGGUCCCAUCUGGACAUAGCAUCAUGUAAGGUAGUUGGGAGCUUUUAUAAAGUGCAAGCAAAAUCGUGGGUAAGUUUAUUUCGCUUGAGUGUAUGGUUGGUCUACAAAAUGUGUAGGGUGCUACGGAUUCAUGCUACUUUGUUUAAGUCAUUAAAGGGACUAGGCUAGUACACACGUAGUAUGUAGAGUGGUCUUGAAAUAAAUUUAUUCAAUUAACAUUUUAAUCAUUUUCAGUUGCUCAAGAGGGCACCAUUAAAAAGAUACUCUGGGAGAGUCUUGAACUAUGUACCUUAUCCCACUGGGCACAGGCAGAAGUAAAAGAGAGUGACAAGAAAGAGAAACACCUGUGUGAAUGGGCAGGCGUGGCCUUGUUUUCACUAGGUUAUCCCAUACACUAUGCAUGCCCUGGUUUUUUCAUUUGCAAUCUGUUGUGGUCUCUGUCUUUUCUCUCUCUUCGAUUGACGCAUCGGACCAACUUAUGAAAAAAUUAAUCAGACUCUUUCCUUCAGAAGGAUGGAUCUGGUUGACAUCUCUCAGCUUUGAAAUAAGAUGCUUGCUUAUUGACAUCAUUAGCCAGGUUUCCAAAUAGGCCUGUAUUCUCACCAUUCCUCUGGUGCUCUGCAGCUAACUCCAUCCUGAAUCAUGCUGCUUCCCAUUCUGAAAUACUCUAUCCAUUCCUAUUCGGUUUUGAAUCCACACUGUAUUCAAGUUCCACCUCUUUUAUGAAACAUUCUUCAGCCAAAAGAAUAACGUGACUGAGGAAAGAGAGCAAGCUGGGAUGGAGAGAUUGUGUAAGGCCAACAGACUCACCCUUGAGUGUGUCCCAGGAGAAGGCCCCAAGGGCAUGCCACUCGUGCAGGCUAUUAGGAAUGAACCUCUGGAAAUGACCUCAGCAUCAAGAAGAAGCUGAGAAGUGGCUGUCCUCUGCUGACUGGGGAUGACCAUAGGAGACGCUGUCACCGAGCCAGGCUCAUUAACAUCCAUGCAUAUGGUGAGUCCUUGACAUAAUAGAGGCCAGAGAGCCUUGGUUAAUCACCCAAAACCACAGGGGCUACUGUUAUCAUACAAAGCAACAAGGUCCAAAGGGCAGAAAGAAAGCUUAGCUAUAGGUUCUUAUGGAGAUGGAUAACUGAACACAUCGUGGAGCAAAUUAGACAAGCAGCCAGCAAGGGUCUGGCUAGGUAACAUUUACAACAAACAAACAAAACAAAACAAACAAAUAAAAAGAACAAAGAAUGAAUGAGAAGGAGGCUAGAAGCACCGAUGUAUUUUGCUGCAAGCUUGACUUUGCAUUAAGGAGCGAAAGAAGGAAGAAAGUUUUGGUAGGAAAAAAUAUCUGAGACUAUAAUGCAGCUCUAAACAGAGUUAGUUGUGACCAUGGAGUAUCCUCAAGUCAAAGACACCUGUCAGAGGGGUCUUGUGCCUUCCAGAACUGGACCUGCCUUAGUCUCCCUGCUACACUCAGUCAUUGGCUGGAAGCAGCUUGUGGGAAAUGUGGCCUCUGCAGGCUGUGAUGACGGAGCUAAGAACUCAGCAGCUAGGACUGUCAUUCUCCAUAGCCUCAAAUAAAAAAGGCACAUUUUAAUAACCAACACGUCUGUCAAAUUAAGAGAAAAGUAUGUAGGGAGCUACAAGGAGGAGCCAAACCACUGAACCUUGAGACAAAGAGAAGCCAGAGCUGCUCAGGAGACAUUGAACAGUCUGCCAUGUCCCAGCUGCAUGUGCCUCCCUUGAAGUUUCAAACACUCAGGAAAUAGAGCAGCAGGAUGGAUAUAUGAAAAUUUUAGAAUGAUUUUUUGCAACUUUUCUUCAAACCAUAAAUCCUUUUGAAACAUAAUGUUAAAAAUUCUCAUGAGAAAGCUUCUGAUGGGUCCUGCUUGAGUCGGAUACCAAAGUCUACAUUGCUGAUCAGUCAAGUUUAUGUGCAUAAGCCCAGCGUUUGGGGGCCGCUUUUAUGUUUGAGGCUGUUAUCAGAAAAGAGGAGAUAUUUUUGCCACAGGACUGCCCAACACCUCUCUACUACCCACGCUUUAUCCAACAGAGUGCAGUAAGAAGAUUCGAUUAGUUACAAAUGUUUUUAAGACAAUGGUCAUAAUACUUGUGAUUAGAUGAUUGACUUAGCAGAAGAAUAUGUUCAACUUUUGAGUUUCUCUUUUAGCAAAACUGCUCAAGGCGAUAGAAUCAAGGAUUACAAAAUCGCCGUUUAGAUAAAUAGAGCAGUUGCAUAGAAUUACAAAGUGUAAAUAUUAACGUCAUAUUUUUCCUGAAGGCCAGCAGAGAUGGAUUCAGAUAUUUUGAAACAAAGAUUAAAAAGUAAUCAAGAUAAAAAACUUGCUCUGUUAGGCACAGAAUAAUAAAAUGUCCCUUCCACAUAAAUUAUGUCUCCAUAAAAUUUUCAUGUUUAUUAUAUUAAAUAAUUACUUAUUCUGACAAUUAUUGUUGUAUGAAUUCAAUUUAAUACUAAAUACUUUGCUACUAAUAGCAAAUAAUUCUAUACCUCAUUAAAACUUUAAAGAAAGUAAUAAUUCUUAGUCUGGGACAAUUUAUGAGAAUUACAGAAAAUAUGCCAAACCGCUAUAAAAUAUCUGUAGUAACUUAAAUCUGUGUUUCUGUACUCAUUACCCUACAUUGUGUUGGACAGGCAGGAAAGAAAUCUGUUGUUCAAAACUAAUUUUCACAAAAGUAUACAUUUAUUUGUUCAUUAUGUAUUCAUUCAAUGAAUAUUUAUCAACACUUACCACAUUUAAAAAUAAAUAAAACAUGCUCUCAAAAGAUGUACGCUCAUGACAUACUUGUAACCAUGUCUUCCUAACAAAAUAGCUCACAUGCCCCUUUAAUAAUUCAGUUAUUAAAUCUAAAGCCAAAUUUAUUUGGUUUCUUUCAGGAACAAAUCCUUUUGUUAACAAGGGAAAUUAUUUCUGAUAGUUAAGGAUUCAAGAUGAAAGUUUUAAAGUUUUUAAAGUUUUUCAUCUUUAAAAAAAAAUGGACCAAUUGAGUUCCCUGGUGGCCCAACAGUUAAAGGAUCCAGCCUUGUCACUGCUGUGGCAUGGGCUCAGUCCCUGGCCUGGGAGCUUCUGCAUGUCACAGUGCAGCCCCAAAGUAAUGAAUUAAUUAAUUAAAACUGGACCAGUUGAUCUUCUGAUCUUGGCAACAUGUCUUUCUAUUAAAAUUCUAUUUGAUCAAAACCAAAAGUUUUACCUCCCUUUGUGAUCCCACCCAACCAGCCAGGCCUGAUUUAUCAGUGUCACACUUGGCAUUUCCCCCAGUUUUUAACAUUGAAACCGUUACCAUAUGACAUAAAUGAAACUUAAUAGGCUCUCUCAUUUCUGACUCUACUAUCUGUGUCUCUCUUUACGAUAGGCACAAAUUCUAUCAGGUGGUCCUACCUUCAAUCUCUCAUCAUUCUGAUUUGUCCUCUAUGCUAAGGUCAUUCUAACCUCAUAAUAGAAUCACCUCAUUGCUUAAAAUAACCUUUAAUAAUGUCUCUUGUGGCGUUCCCAUCAUGGCUCAGUGGUUAACGAACCCGACGCAGGUUUGAUCCCUGGCCUUGCUGGGUGGGUU